UGGUAUUCGGAUCCUGAAAGUGGGAAGAUCGGAUCCAGGGCACUUUCUUUCUCUCUUUUUUCCUCCGGUAAACCACGUCAUUUUAGGUUUUUUUUUUCCGUAUAUUUUCGUCAUUGUAUUACGAUGAAAACGACGUCGUAAUCCGGAGUUUUUCCGGCAAUAAGUGUCAGUAUGUAGUGAAGCUUGAAGGAGGAGAGAGAAAGAGAAAGAGAAGUGUGGGAUGAUAUUGAGUGGAGUCCAAGACAAUCGUAGGUGAAUUUUUUUUAAUAUAAUUAAUUUUAAAAUAUUAAAAUUAAAUAUAAUUACUCUUAAUGUUUGAGAUUUGGUUUGUAAUUUUCCUCUAACGAAUCUAGAUAAUCUUCUCGAUAAAACGUUUUAAAGGAAUGAUUAUUAGUGGUUAGUGUAUAAUAAUUAAGUUUAAUUUUGAUUUAAAAUGGUUUUGGUUGUCAUUUUUCAAUCUUUCUUUAUUUCAUUUCACUUGUCUUUUAAGGAGUGUUAACGAUGAUUAAUGAAUGCGACAACUUUCUUGCAUUUUAAGUCGGUGAAACUAUUUUUAGGGCGAAACGCGUUUUAGGUUUUUUUUUUCUUGAUUUUGAUUGGUAUGAUAGCGAGAUAUUGAUUUCUCUGGUAAUAUGAAUGAAUGAAUGAAGCAGCAUUUUAAUGGAAAUUAUACGAGUUGUUGUUUUUAGGUUCAUUAAUGAAAGAUACUUUCGUGUUAAUUACUACUAAUACUUAUUUUAUUUCUACUAGUACGAAUUAGUAGUAUACUUAAACCAUUUUAAUUUUUCAGUACUAUUAAAAUUAAUCCAUAUGAUUUGAAAAUAUGAAAAAAAUAUGAAUGAAUAUGCUUUGCGAUUCCCUAUAUAUCUGAGUCUAAAUCCAUGAAACUUCCCCCUCUUUUCUUUAUUUUCUCUCUCUUCCCCUAAAAUAUUAUUCAUUUUUUGAUUUAUGUCAAUCGAUAGUUCGUUAUUUUCCAGAUUUGAUUGUUGAUAGUAUCUAUUUUUUUGGCAGUAUUUGACGCAAAUUCAUUCUUUAAUAAAGGAUUUUUUUUUUUUUGGAAAAAAAUAAAGGGGAAUUGAAGAUUAUUGAAGGUUUCUGGAAAUGUCAUCGUCAAAUUCACCGUGUGCAGCGUGCAAAUUUCUAAGGAGAAAAUGUACGCAAGAAUGUGUGUUCGCGCCAUACUUUCCGCCGGAUCAACCUCAACGAUUCUCGAAUGUUCAUAAGGUGUUUGGUGCUAGUAAUGUUGCAAAGCUUCUGAAUGACUUGGAUGCUACACAGAGGGAGGAUGCUGUUAAUUCGUUGGCGUACGAGGCGGAGGCGAGGCUGCGUGACCCGGUGUAUGGUUGUGUGGGACUUAUCUCGCUUCUGCAGCACCGGUUGAAGCAAGUUCAGACUGAUCUGUAUUCUGCUAAGAAGGAAUUAGCUACUUAUAUUGGGCCCACUGCGCUUAUGCCUAUGAUUCAGCCUGGUUAUGCUAACCCGGGUUCGUCUUCUGGUGUUAAUUUGAUGCAGCAGCAGUAUCAUAUGGGUCCUAUGAUGGGUAUUCCUACUGGAGUUGCUGCUGCUGGUCCGGGUCCGUCUCAUGGUGGGGCUUUGAUAAUCAGAGAGCCGCAGCCGCAGCCACAGUCGCAACAGCAGCAGCAGCAGCACCAGUUGAUUGAGGUACAACAACAGCAACAGUUGGCAGCAUUGGCGGUGAGAGAUGAGCAGGAGUUGUUAAGAAACUGGGAACUACAACAGCAGCAUCAGCAACAGCAACAACAACAGUUUAUGAGGUAUAGUGGUGGGUACGAGGGAGCACUGGUUAUUGCUGGUGGUAGCGGAGGAGGGGGAUUUAAUCAGGCGGGGCCUUCAUCAGGUGCUGUAUCACCGUCUUUGGCUCUUGGGGCGGCCACAUUCGAUCCAAACCCGUACGCUCAGAUUCAACCACAGCAGCCGCCACCACAGCAACAACCGCCGCAAGAUGAUCAGUCAUUAGGGCAGCUGUUACUCCUUCAGCAGCCAGUAACGCCACAGCAACAGGAACAUUUAGAACUGGCUCAAGGAAUUCCUCAUCAUGAACAACUUCCUCAACAACAUUUACACCCUCUUCUUCAUACUCAACAUCAUCAUUUUCAUCAGCAACCCAUUGAACAUAAUCCGCAGCAGCAGCAGCAGCAACAACAACAACAACAACAACCGUAACAGCCUGGAAUCGAUGAGGGUAGGACUCUUGGUCCAGCUUUGUAGAGAAAAAAGAAUGCACAUUCUGGAGCUCAAUAGUUUGAUUUUAUUACUUGCUAGCUAACAAGCUCAUCUGAUCUCUUGAACAAAUUUCAGUCCCUAGCUCAGUUGAUGCAUGAUUAGAUGCAGUAUUAUAAUACACAAGCAAGAGUUGACCAAUGACAGUAGAAACAGAGGUGAAGCAUGAGUUCUUAGACAUUAAACAUCUGAUUUCUGAUUACCAUAAUAUUUUUGUAAGUCCACAGAAUUUUUCUCUUAUAUUUUUUAGUCUUUUUUCCUUUAUUUUUAAAAAUUUUGGGCGGAUGGGAGGGUGGUAAGAAGAGAGCAUAGAAAUUGGGGUAUAUUCAAGAAAUGUAUGUUGGCAUAUGGAUAAAAUUUUGUUCCCAUUUACUAUAAAUAUGGAGUACAUUUCUUUCUUUCUUUCUCUGGUGAAACUAUAUUUUUUCAGCUCAAUCCUAUGGCUAGGAAACAAUACAGUCUGUUCUUUGUUAUGGCAAGCCAUCUAAUUAAUUGUCUAAAUUUACUCUUUAUUAAUUAAAUGUCAUUAGUUGGUCAUGAUCAUUUUAUAAGUUUUACUUUAUUUAUGCACAUGAUGCAGUUGUACAAUAACUAUUAGUUGAUGACUAUUAGUAGCAAGGUUUAAUCUAGGAGUUAUCUUAUUCAAUGAAUGUAUCUUACGUACCGAGAAACAUACAUUACUAGA